GCGGGGAAAAGACAACAACAAUGGGAAAAGGCGACGCCACCUCUGCUGCUGCUGCUGCAAACGGUGACAGCCCAGCGAUUGGUAUGGCGGCGAGAAGCAGGCGAGUAGACAGCCUGCACCUGGCGGCGAGUCGCGGAAAGUUGUACCGCGUUGCCGCGUGCCUCUCCAAGGGCGACGACCCCGAUGAGGUCGACCCAUACCUCCGGACGCCGCUGGCAAUUUCAUGCGCAGAUGGAGGUCACCUUGAGCAUUGGGGUGACGCGGUGACGAAGACAACUGCGAUGUUGAUGUUGCGCUCCUUGUCUGUCAAGACGUCGCUGUGCCAAUAUCUCGGCUUCUGCUGCUACUGCUACUUGUUGCGCAAUUGUUCUGCUGCUGCAAAUCGGCGGCCACCACCCCGGCUGUGCAACAUGGAGGUGGCCAGGGUGCUCCUGCGGGCGGGGGCCAAUGUCAACCUUCGAACCCCCGAAGGCACGCCGCUGGAGAUACUGUUGCAGGAUCCUAACCCCAACCCUACCCUCGUGAGGGAGCUGGUGCUAGCCGGAGCCAACCUUGGGUGCAGAGGUGCGUGUGCACACACAUUGUACUGGCUGCAUCAGCUGAAAGAGUAUAGCUGCUUCUUGUAA